AUGCUGAAGGGACUUGGUGAGAACUAUGAAGAACUUAAUGGGAACUACAAGGAACUUAGUGGGAACUACAUCAGCAUGAAAAAGGACAUAGAAACCAUGAAUAAGAACCACCCGAGCACUACAACCAGCACGGCGCCGGCGGCUACCUGCGGUCAGUCUUAUGAAAUCCGGCUGCUGGAGAAUCGGAAGCUGGGAGACUUUCAGGAUCUGAACACAAAGUACGUCAAGAGCAUCAUCCGUGUGGUUUUCCAUGACCGCCGGCUGCAGUACACAGAGCACCAGCAGCUGGAGGGCUGGCGGUGGAGCCGGCCCGGGGACCGGAUCCUGGACCUCGAUGUUCCACUGUCUGUUGGUAUCUUGGACCCCAGGGCCAGCCCGACCCAGCUGAACACAGUCGAGUUUUUGUGGGACCCUUCGAAGAGAGCCUCCGCGUUCAUUCAGGUGCACUGCAUCAGCACAGAGUUCACCCCGAGGAAGCACGGGGGCGAGAAGGGGGUGCCUUUCCGAGUGCAGAUCGACACGUUUAAGCAGAACGAGAAUGGGGAGUACGCCGAGCACUUGCACUCUGCCAGCUGCCAGAUCAAGGUGUUCAAGCCGAAGGGAGCAGACCGGAAACAGAAGACGGACCGGGAGAAGAUGGAGAAGAGAACCGCCCAGGAGAAGGAGAAGUACCAGCCGUCCUAUGAAACCACCAUUCUCACCGAGUGCUCUCCGUGGCCCGACGUGGCCUACCAGGUGAACAGCGCCCCGUCCCCAAGCUACAACGGCUCUCCAAACAGCUUCGGCCUCGGCGAAGGCAACAGCUCACCGACCCCCUCCCACCCGCUGGAGACCCUGCCCAUGGGCAGUGACCACCUGCUCCCGUCCGCCUCCAUCCAGGACGCCCAGCAGUGGCUGCACCGCCACAGGUUCUCGCAGUUCUGCCGGCUCUUCGCCAGCUUCUCAGGUGCUGACUUGCUGAAGAUGUCUCGAGAUGAUCUGGUGCAGAUCUGUGGCCCCGCAGAUGGGAUCCGGCUCUUCAACGCCAUCAAAGGCAGGUGGGUGUCAGUGUCCAGCUGA